GGAGCAGGAAUCAAUGCCCCUUUUCAAUGUGUUGGAAAUAUCGACCCCCCCCCCCCCCGCCCCAGAACCCGAGCAGGACUCAUAACCCACCGCCUUCCGUGGCCCCUUCCUCUCCCCUGCCCCCUCAAAGCUUAGUAUUUUUUUUUAAAAACCCCAAGAGCUGGGCCUCUCAGCUAAGCUAAGUUACCCCAGCUCGCAUCUAAAGGGUUUAUUUUCGGGACAGAUCGACUGCAUAGGCAGUUGAUGUCUCUCCGGCUCUCUGUGCUUUCUGCUUGUAAGUUUGCAGAAAUCCCACAGACAUGUUGACUAGAAGGUAAAAAAAAAUCGCAAAUCCGGCUCUAUUUUGUUUUUAUUUUAAUUUUAACAAUAACGCCGGGUGGCAGAUCCGUAUGUGGGACUGGAACUGGAUUCUUGAGGGGGUGUCCGGUGUCUUGUACUUGAGGGGGGAGAGAGGGAGAGAGAGAACCUUCCCUGAAAGGAGAGCGUUCAAUGACUGAUUUUGCAAGAGUUAUUUUUUUCCUCUCGCCCCCAGUGUCUCUCUCCCUCUUUCCCUGGAUGAAUCCGAACAGUGAUGCAGCCAGGGACCUACAGUCCAAAUUAAUCCAGCACAACAUGGCAGAUCGACACCGUGUUUAGCAAGAAGAGAAGCAACUGGCUUUGUAUUCUGCCAUGCAUAGCACACAGUACUGCACCGAUGGCCCCGAUGUACCAAGGUAUGGCCUCACAAGUGCAAGUCUUUUCCCCUCACACAAUCCAGUCAAGUGCCUUCUGCAGUGUGAAGAAACUGAAAGUGGAGCCGGGUUCUAACUGGGAUAUGACCGGGUAUGGUUCACACAGUAAAGUCUACAACCAGAGCAAGAGUCCGAACCUCGCACAGUCAACAAUCAGUGCUUCUCUUCAAGUUACCAAUCCGAAUCUGUCCUACGAGCAGACGGUGAUUUUCCCAGCCAGUGCCGGCCACAUUGUCUUCACAACAGCAAACAGCACAUCGGGGGUGGUGGCCGUGUCUGCUCAGGCCUUGGGAGGCCCGCAGAACCUGACCCGCCGCAGCACUGUGACCCUCCUCGAUACCUACCAGAGAUGCGGCCUGAAGCGGAAGAGUGAGGAACUCGAGGACACCGGCAGCGUGCAGAUCAUCGAGGAGCAUCCGCCAAUGCUUCAGAACGCCACCAGCGGCGCCACUGUUGCCACGGCAGCCACUUCCACCGCCACUUCCAAGAACAGUGGGUCAAACAGCGAGGGUGACUACCAGCUCCUGCAGCACGAAGUGCUGUGCUCAAUGACCAACACGUACGAGGUGUUGGAGUUUCUCGGCCGGGGGACGUUUGGCCAAGUAGUGAAGUGCUGGAAAAGGGGGACCAAUGAAAUUGUAGCCAUCAAGAUUCUGAAGAACCACCCUUCCUAUGCAAGGCAGGGCCAGAUUGAGGUGAGCAUCCUUGCUCGGCUGAGCACAGAGAGUGCGGAUGACUACAAUUUUGUCCGGGCCUAUGAGUGCUUUCAGCACAAGAACCACACUUGCCUUGUCUUUGAAAUGCUGGAGCAGAACCUGUACGACUUCCUGAAGCAGAACAAGUUCAGUCCGCUGCCCCUCAAGUACAUCAGGCCCAUCCUGCAGCAGGUGGCCACAGCCUUGAUGAAGCUCAAGAACCUCGGCCUGAUUCACGCUGACCUGAAGCCAGAGAACAUCAUGUUGGUGGACCCGGUCAGGCAGCCAUACCGAGUGAAGGUGAUAGAUUUCGGCUCAGCGAGUCACGUCUCGAAAGCUGUGUGUUCCACUUACUUGCAGUCCAGGUAUUACAGAGCACCAGAGAUCAUCCUGGGACUGCUGUUUUGUGAGGCCAUUGACAUGUGGUCACUUGGGUGUGUUAUUGCCGAGCUAUUCUUGGGGUGGCCAUUGUAUCCAGGAGCUUCUGAGUACGAUCAGAUCCGUUACAUUUCACAAACACAAGGGUUACCAGCGGAGUACUUGUUAAGUGCAGGGACAAAGACAACACGGUUCUUCAACAGAGAUCCAGAUUCAUCUUAUCCACUAUGGAGGCUUAAGACACCAGAAGAUCAUGAGACAGAGAUGGGGAUCAAGUCGAAGGAGGCAAGGAAAUACAUUUUUAACUGUUUGGAUGAUAUGGCACAGGUGAACAUGACGACAGAUUUGGAAGGAAGUGAGAUGCUGGCAGAGAAGGCAGACAGACGGGAGUUUAUCGAUCUGCUGAAGAAGAUGUUGACCAUUGAUGCAGACAAGAGAAUUACACCGAUUGAGACACUGAGCCAUCCCUUUGUAAUGAUGACCCAUCUAUUAGAUUUUCCUCAUAGCACACAUGUCAAGUCCUGCUUUCAGAACAUGGAGAUUUGCAAGCGAAGAGUCAAUAUGUAUGACACAGUGAAUCAGAGUAAGACGCCUUUCAUCACGCAUGUGGCUCCAAGCACAUCGAGCAAUCUAACAAUGACCUUCAGCAACCAGCUCAGCACAGUGCACAACCAGCCUUCAGCAGCAUCCAUGGCAGCUGUUGCCCAAAGGAGCAUGCCACUGCAGACGGGAGCUUCGCAGCUGUGUGCUCGUCCUGAUCCCUUCCAGCAAGCCUUGAUUGUGUGUCCACCUGGAUUUCAAGGAUUGCAGGCUUCUCCGACCAAGCAUGCUGGGUACUCUGUCCGAAUGGAGAAUGCUCUUCCAAUUGUUACACAGGCUCCAGGAGCUCAGCCUCUUCAGAUCCAGCCUGGCCUACUGACACAGCAGGCUUGGCCUGGUGGUACCCAGCAGAUCCUUUUGCCUCCAGCCUGGCAGCAGCUGACAGGAGUGGCAGCCCACACUUCAAUGCAACAUGCUACUGUUCUUCCAGAGACAAUGGCAGGGGCCCAGCAACUGGCAGACUGGAGGAACACCCAUCCGCACACCAGCCAUUACAAUACCAUCAUGCAGCAGCCAGCCCUCCUGGCGAGUCAUGUGACCUUGCCAUCUGCUCAGCCUUUGAAUAUUGGUGUCGCUCAUGUAAUGAGACAGCAACCCACAUCAAGCUCCACCUCAAAGAAGAACAAGCAACAGCAGUCCACUGUUAGGAAUAUGUCAACCUACGAAGUCUCCUCCACCCGAAGCUUCAAUUCCCACUCCCCUCAACGCUCGAAACGUGUGAAGGAGAAUACCCCGCCGAGGUGUGCUGUGGUGCAGGACAGUCCAGCCUGCAGCACCUUAACAUGUGGCUGGGGGGAGGCCACCAGCACAACCCAUGAGCACCAGAGGCAGACCAUAGUUAUUCCUGACACGCCUAGCCCAGCUGUCAGUGUCAUCACCAUCAGCAGUGACACUGAUGAAGAGGAGGAACACAAACGAGUCCCCAACAGCAGACUAUCAAAGCAGAGGAAAAAUGUCAUCAGCUGUGUCACAGUGCACGACUCGCCAGACUCUGACUCCUCGAGCAACAACAGCCCAUAUGCCAUGCAACAGCAGCACACCAUCAGCAGCACUGCAAGCAACCCGGCCAAAGGACGGUCAGAUAGCCACUACUGUGGGAACCCACGAACCAUUAUUGUCCCGCCUCUCAAGACGCAGUCUAGUGAUACUGUGGCAGGGUGUGACCGCCUUGCACCAGGCACACAAGGACAUCAUUCAUUGAUCCACAAGCCCAAAAACUCCAGCACAACCACAUCCAGUACAACCCACUCUUCAGCAAGUUACUCAGCGAUAUCAUCUUACCGACAACAGAGGUCAACAGCCCAUUCCUUUCAACAGCAACCCCUCAAUCUCAGUCAGGCUCAGCCACAUGUGACAGGGAUCCAGGAGCGGAGUGGCAACCAUGGACAUCGGAGGCAGCAAGCUUACAUCACACCGACCAUUGCUCAGGCCCCCUACUCGUUCCCACAUCGUAGUCCUUCACACACUGUGCAUCCUCAUCUAGCAGCGGCCCAUUUAUCCGGGCAGCCUCACCUGUACACCUACGCCACACCUGCUGCCCUUGCACCCACGGGCACAGUGGCUCACCUUGUGGCAUCACAGGGGUCUACCAGGCACACUUAUGCCACCCAUCCUGGAGGCAUAGUUCACCAAAUGCCCGUUGGUAUGGGACCAAGGGUACUGCCAUCUCCAACCAUCCACCCAAGUCAGUAUCAAGCCCAAUUUGCCCACCAGACAUAUAUCAACGCUUCACCAGCCUCAGCUGUCUACACCGGAUAUCCAUUGAGUCCAACCAAGGUCAACCAAUACCCCUACCUUUAAGACUCAAGAACAACAAGGAUAUUGUAUUGAAUUAAAACAAGCAACAAUGCAUCUCGUACUUGAGAAGGUAGUUGAGAAAUAAACCGGAAGGAAGAGCACUCAGUCAUGGGAAGAAAACUACAAAUCUUUUUUAAUCAGAAGUUUAUUUAAAAAAAACCAAAUUUUGAAAGCCUGACAAUUGACCUCUGGCCAGUGAUGAAGAUGUAUGAAGGGGAGUCGAGCAACAAUGUUCGGUGGAUAUUUAAUCUCUGAAAUAAUUUAAGGACUUGUGACUUUGGGACCCUGGAAGCUACUCUGAGAGUUUGGUUCAAGUUUUUAAUUGAUGAAGUUCAGUAAAUGAACUACAGUUGAUUUCUCAAAUUCAGUUUAUUUUAUUUUUUGUUUUGAUAAACAAAUAGCUGCUCAUCUUUUCCUAAAUCAAACCCUCCUUGUGAAGGUGGAGGCUGCCAGGGCCCCUUUUAGAAUGUAGGGAGAUGAGGAAAGCUUCAUUCAAUGAUAUGAUACCAAUAGAUAUUAAUCGUGAUUGCACAACACUGAUUCAACUUAGCUGUGUUCUUAAGGCAUGUUAGUUGUGACUGUUCUGAGUUCCACUGUGUGUGUGUGUGUGUGUGUGUGUGCGCGUGUGCGCGUGUGUAUAUUUUUGUGUGUGUGUUAUCUUUGCUGUCUAUUGUUUCUUUUUAGCAGAAAGCUUCCUGUCAUGUUUCAAACAUAUUUCCUUGUAGUGCCUUACAGAAAAGGACAAGAAUUCCUCCAGACUUCCAAUAGAUCCAAUGGAGUUGGUAUUAAUGCUGAGGCAAUCCUCCCAGUCACAAUUCUUGGGCAUGGUGGCUCUGCAUGAUGAAAGGACUGGGACUAAGAGAGUGUAGGGUUGCAUUUGGAGAAACACAGUCUGAGUUUGCAUGUCCUUUCUUCUCUUUACAACUCCUCAGGUGUUGGCAGCUCAUAAUUCCCUUUCCAGGUAGACUAUUAGUGUAGACAGAACAUAAUGUUGUAAGCAACAAAGUGCCAUUUGACUCGUAAAGCUCUCAAAUCUCUCAGUAGUCUAUGUAUAAUUCUUGUAAUAUAGAUGUAUCCCUUCCACUCUCUGCCCAUUGAUCCACCAGAUAAACUGACACCUGUUUCCUGUGAACAAUGUCAAGUCUUUUCGUUAAACUCUGUGUCCUAGUGCCAAUUGUCAUUUAAUUAAUGAGCUUCUGUUAAUAAUUGGUGUUGAAAUCAAUUCAGUCAUGGAAGGUAUGACCAUAAUGUCACAAAUGGUGUGUACUUGGCAAGGGGAAAAAAUUAGAGAAAAAAUAAUGAGAUCUGCCAUAUUGCACAAUGUUCCUAGGUAAUUCAAAUGUAUACUGUGUGGUUCUUAGGUACAUGGAGUUUUCUGGUAUCACCUUUGGAACACAUCUAUUUCAGCCCGCUAAAACAUUCUGCUUCUGUCAUUACUUUAAAAAAAAAUUUCCUCCAUGACUGCAUCAUUUUAAAUUAUGUCCUUUUCCAACUAAAUAAAGAGAAAACAACUAGUUAUCUUCGUUAAGCAACUCAAUGUUGAAUCUUUUCCUGCAAGGACACAGUUCUGCUGUUAAUUUUCUACCAUCUUCAUAGUUUCUCAGAAUUAGCUUAAUCUUAUUGAAUGGUGAAGCAGGCUUGUGAAGUUGAGUGGCCUCCUCCUGUUCCUAUGUAUCUGCCUUUACUGAUGUGGAUGCCUUCUGGUACCCUGCAGGAAUUUGAGAGAGAUCCAGAGGACAUCACAGCUGAACCAAUCCUGUGUGUUGUAUUUACACCCCACAAGAUAUGUUGGUUAAUGAUUUCUAGAGUCCUAGUCAGAAACAGGUUCACCUGUUCCUGGAUUUCUGACUCUGAAUCACUGAUGCCAACUCGGACUUUUCCUUCAUGUCACCACAGCUGACAUUACAAUCCAUGACCAAGGCAAAUGUGCCCAAGCAACUCACUGAUCUGACCAACAGAGACAUGAAGGAAGUGGAAUAAAGAGUUUAGGAAUGAUCUACGGUACCAGUGGUUCUGACUGACCUGACACCUGGCAAAUUUGUUCUGUACGUUUGACUGAUCGUAAAAAGGUCCAGGGAAGGGGGCUUGAGAAUCUGAACUGGUGAAAUUGCAAGUUAGGUUUCUUCUUAUUAGAAUGAAUAUUUUAAAAACCGAGAAAAAAUUAUGAGCAGAAUAUCUUGUUCAUCACACAAAUUUAGGGUGAUUGGCAUUUUGUAAUAGAACAUUUCAGUUUUUCCUUUUCAGUGUAGUACUUUAACAAAUAUCUUCAUUAGCUGCUGUUUUAAAUGUUUUGAAUUUGUGGUUAUUUUUUUCUCUUUUAAAAAAACCAGCCCUACAUUUUUAAAGGAAACCAUUUAAUUUCUGUCUUUUCACUCCCAAUUGUGCUGUGUAUGUGUUUUCUUUUGAGCAGAGUUGUCCAAUAGAGUUCACUGGCUACAACCACACAGUUUUAAUCACAAUUAUUUUAAUACACACCCUUUCGUAAUACAAGUAAGUGUAUUUCACAGGUGUAUCUUUACUGAAAAAAAAUCUAGCAGUUUUCAGUAAGUAAGGAAGCAAAACAAAUAUUACAGUCUGCUUUUCAUCACCAUUUACCAACAAACACAAAAGAUACACACAUAUAAGUCAUGUAAAUAAUACUAACAUCACAUGCCCAAAAUGAAUCAUUUUUUAUUAUUAAUCCAAAAUAACAUCUGUAUUCCCUAUGAGCCACAUCUGAAGGUAUAAUUAGCCAAAUGUAGCUAGUGGCUAAUGAAGUGGGCUACAUUGCAUUAGGGAAGAAAAAAAUGUGAUUGAAUUUUCACAGAGGUUGCCUUCUUGUAUGAGUUGUGUAAUUAAUAGUCUUUAGGUUGUUAAAGGCUGACAUGAGUUGAGUUGACUUCUAAGUCAGGUUAAGUGCUCAGUACAUUCUCAAAGUCUGAUCAAUUAUACCCAUGUUCACUGUGCAUUCUAAAGGCCAGGCUUUGCAAUAACCAGGUGCAAUCCCAUCAAGGAGGAGAGCUGGCUGUGAGUGAGUGUAAGGAUGCGGAUAAAGAAUAAGUCACUCACAUAUACAAAAACAAAAUGACACUUGACACCAAAGAAAUCACAUUUUAUGGCAUUAUUUGUGCUUUGCUGCCUCUGACUGUCAGGCUCUUUCAUGAAGAUUAUCUGUUAGGAGGAGACAGCUGGAAUUUAUUCCUCUUCGUUUGUAAUUAACACUUAAUACUUGACUUUAUUUUUUUUUCAUUAGGUGGGAAUUUCUCAAAGGUUUAAUAGUUACUGGCAUUGCUGCUAUUUUUAUGUAUGUAAACAUUCAUGUGAGUCUGUAUGUGUUCUAUAUGUAUAUACAUAUGUUUAUAUAUAAGGAAGAAAAAAAACCUAAUCAUUAAAUUUGGGAAGGGGCAUAAAAGUUGCUGAUUAUCAAUAAGAGUCUGCAUAGUUUCAACUGUUAAUUCACACAUGAAUCAAUUUUUAUUCUAUUUAAUACAAUUAUACUUGCAUCCCAAACAAAAGGAUACAGGUAUUUUUCAACUCAGAAUCAAUGAGAAGCCCCUCUGCUUCCCCCUACCCUGACCAUGUCAACUUGAAACCAUUGGGUGCCUGUAGGGCUGAAAUAGGGAGUUAGCAAUAGCUUUUAGAGAAUGAAAGAAUAAUAAUGGAGCAUCAUUUUAAUAGUGACCUGUGCAUGGCUGGAAUUUGUCAAUAGGGUGAAAUCUAUCUGGUGUCUGAUCUUGUUCCAUGCUAGCUCUUUUUCUUAAGCACCUUGUUGCAGUUUGGUUGUUUAAAUCAAACAUUUUUGUCUUUAAAUAUGUGUUUCUGAGUAUCUUAACAAUUUGGCGGAAAGUGCCUUUGUCUUGGAAACCCUUCAAUAUAUAUUGGCAAUAGAGUGCAUGGAUUUAAAGAAGGCAAGAUUUCAAAUUCAGAGCUGAAGGCUGUGACAAUUCAAUGAGGUCCAACACAACGGAGAGACAUAGCUACUACAUUAGCUAUCAGUGUUUCCCCUCUAGAACAUUGCUGAGCUAAACAGAAGUGGGCCCAUAUUGGAGGUGCGAUCACAUGUACAGAGUUAUGUGGAGUGAAGGUGAGAAGCAGUAGGGUUGCCAAGCAUUUGGGAUUGUCCUGGAGUUUCCAGAAAGCAAGAUGAAUUAAUCUCCCCGAUGCUGUGAGCAACCCAAGAUAAAAUUCAUAGGGGCAUGCAAAUUCUGUGACUUUUCUUUCUAUUAUAAGCAUAGAGAGAUAGGGAUUAAAGAGCUUUUGGACUGAGAUGGAUAAUAGUGAGGCAUCAUUUGAUCAGACACCAAAGGGGAACAUUGGGCAAAUGGAAGAUUUGGAGAGAGGGAAAAUUAAUUUCUAGCCAAUAUUUGGAGAUUAAAUCCUCCCCAGCAUUCCAUCUAACCCCCUCUCUCCACUGGUUACAUGCAUGUCUUUGUGAGUAUUGGCAAAUCUAGUGGAAUUGGGUCUAAAAAGUGUUGUUGGAAACCUGUUUGUAACUUUGUUAUGGGAGGUGGUGAAUUUGUCUGUACAUGCACUUCAGAUUUUCAUUUUAGGUGCUAGGUUGCAGAAACUACUGUGCAGUGUUAUGGUUCUUUGGAUGUGCUGCAACAUAUUCAGGGUCUGGUGCUAAAUUUACGGGAGAAUUUUCUUUUACACAGACUAAUCUGACCUGAAUAAGAUUUUGAAAUAAGGAAAUGGUGGUUGAUUUAGUGUUGCAUUGUUAGCUGUUUAUUUUUUUCUUUAAGCCUCAAACACAGGCUGCCUUUAAAUAUGCCAUUGUGGCUGGAUAUAGGAUCGCGAUGGUGAAGUAUUCACAUCAUGACUGUUACCAGUUAUUUAUUCUCCCUUCCUUCAACUCCUGAAUCCUUGCUGCCAUCAGGUUUUCCAUGAUGCCUUGCACAAGCAACCAAUCUGAGCUCAUAACACACAAUGUGGACGGAUAUUAAAGGAAUGAAUAAUGAUUAGCAACAUACUUAACACUGGUUUGGCUCAAAUCAGUCCACUCAGCACUAAUCUGGACAUUUCUAUUCCCUGAGUGAAUGUAUUGAGCCGUCAGGAGAGAUGUUUAAUAAUGUUUUAACCUUUCCUGGUGGCACUUCUUUACCUUCUAUAAUACAUACCAAUUCCAGCUUUGAUUUGGAAAGAAAGUGAUGUUGGAAACUUGUACAAUUGCAAUUGAGCUGAUGUGGAAGAAGGUCAGGUGAUAUGAUUUUAAAAAGCAGUGGGAAGGAGUCUGAUAAUGGGACUACAGUAGAUUGAGUUUGCUAUGUUAAUGAAGCAGGAAUAUAGCAAUGUGCACAAUAUACAAGAAGGAAUAAUGAAGGCUACAGUGGUUAAUGAUGUAGUUGGUAUAAGAUAUUGAUGCUUUUUAGGAUGCUUUUCAGUGAGAUAAAAUGUUUAAAAGUCCAUAAUUUGAUAUUUGGUUUAAUGGGAAAAUAUAUAAAAGAAGGAUUUACUCCCAAACUAACUUGCUCUCCUGGCACUCCAUGUCCUGCCUACAAUGCUCUAUCGUUGCAUUGCUUUGCCCACAGUGCCCUGCCGCACUGACCAUCCCAAACUUCAAAGACCUGAUCACAAUGUCCUGCCCACACUUUGACCCUCUACUGUGUCUAUGUCAUCCUGCCCUGCCCUGCUUGUUCUGCACUAUGCUACUACAUCACACUACACUGCUCACAUCACCCUUGCCACACCACACCACCAUAUUUGUAUUCACUCUUAUCCAUUCCAUCCUGCUCUGCUCACUGAUUUUACAAUAGAGCUGACAGUUUGAUUAAGAAAUGAUGUCCUCCAAUAGGCUAGAACAUACCAAAUACAGGCUGGAGUUGCCAACCCCCAGGCAGGGAUAGAUUGAAAUAGGACAGGAUGCAAAUGCAAAAUAAGAAUUCUAAAGAAGUUACUCUACAUGGGUGAAAUUUUCUGCCCUAAAAUUCUUAAUUUGCUAUCUUAGUUAACUUGAUAAAACCCAAUAAUUAAUUCUUCCUUUUAAUACACUGUUCUUCCUGGUGAGAUGUUACUGGUGGUUAGUUAUUCUGAAUUUCUUAACCAAUAGCUGCUUGGAAUUAAAAGUCUUUGAUUCUUGGCAUUUAGGAGGAUCCUCCCUCUGGUGCAGUGGUAGUAUCCCUAACCCUGAACGGUGAGACUCAAGUUCAAGUCCCACCUGCUCCAGAGGUGUGUAAUAACAUCCCCAAAUAGGUUGGUUAGAAAAAUUGGUAUUGACAUCUGGGAGGGGUUCAUUGGUGCAGUGGUAGUGUCCCUACAACCAAGCUGGGUACCCAGGUUCAAGUCCCAAAUGUUCCAGGGGUAUGUAAUAACAUCACUGAGAAGGUUGAUUAAAAAUUAUUUUUUUUUAAAAACACAGUUCAGCCAGAAACUCAAGUCAUAGUUAUGCAAUGCCUGUUUAUCUAUAAAGUUCUCAGUCUCCAUAUUGAGGGGCUCUUGUGGUGUAAUUGUAGCAUCUCUUCCUCUGAAUUUGGAGGCCAGAGUUCACAUCCCAUCUGCUCCAGAAUUAUCUAAUAACAUCUCUUAAUUGGUCAAUUAGAAAAUAAUUUGGCAAUCGAGGAAAAAGCUCUGCCCCCUCAACUCUCAUUGAUGUGACCUUCCAGGAAUCACUUCAUGUUAAAUUGAGAGAAGGGGGAGAAAGGGAAUCUCAGUGGUCAAUGUGGGCAUAUUUAUUGCAUUUACACAGAUGUGGAUAGCACUCAUCUCUGCUGCAAGUUUCACCUUUCCUCUCCAAGGUAUCUUUGGGGUUUUAAACUCAGAAUUCUGUCUCAUCCUUGUUCAGUGUCAAAACCUGAUAACCUGCAUUAAACUCUCCGUAGGUUUGUGUUUCAGUGUAUUAUUCUAUGUUCUUUUCUUUGUGGACUGUCUUACUUGCUCUGUAAUUUGUUGUCUUUUUAAAGAUGGGGGCAUGGUUUUGGUGCAGGGAGGAGUGGAGAUGUUGUAGGAAUAAAUGUACAAUGUAGAAACUUAUAUCUUUGCCCCAUAUUCUAGGUAUGGUUACGAGAAUGUUUAUUUUGCUGAAUUGUAGAGUGUUUUUUUUAAAAAAAAAAUCAAAGUUCAGCCAGAAACUCAAGUCGUAGCUACUAAAUGCUUGUGUUUUUCUAAUGAUGUUGUGAGCUCACUCUUAAUUGUUUCAGUUGUAGGAGGAAUGAGUGCAAAUUUUAUGGUCUCAUCUUGAAACUAAUAUUAGAAGCAUUGUAAAUUAAAAAGAUUUUAAUGAAAAAAUAGAGUAUAUAGUUAUUUUAACUGUUACUAUUAACUGUAGGGAGAAAAGGGGGUCUAUUGUUGUGAACUGUUUAGCUUGUAGUUCACUGGUUGUUGAUCAUUUUUUCGGUCUCCAAGGUGAAUCUGCUUAUCUCCUAAUCAGAAUAUAUGCACUCACAUAUGCAUAUUGUAUAUGUGUGGAAAUGUAAUCACAAACUGUCUUGGAUUUACAUUAAAC